UCUUUCUCUCUCAAAGUAGAAUUUACAUAAAAACUAGAUCGAAAUUCUGUCAGAUACAAAACACACAAACUAGAAAGAAAACAAAAACAAAACAAGAUGGAAGAAGUUCAGAAUCAGGUAUUGGAAGAAGAAGCAAAAGGAUCAACAACAACGAUGGAGAAAGUGUACAUAGCUGUAGGAAACGAUUUACAAGAAGGUUUCAAGACGAUCGACUGGGCUUUAAAGAAAUGGAACAACAUCCCAAUCUCCAUCGUUCUUCUCCAUCUCUGCAACAUUUCUCAAGAUUUCGUUUACACCCCUUUUGGGAAGCUUCCAGCGAGUUCUGUGAGCGAGGAGAAGCUUCAAGUACUCAGAAAGUACGAGGACCAAAAGAUCAACAAGCUGCUGUCUAAAUACGUCACUUUUUGUAAAAAGUUACAGGUGAAAGCAGAGUUACACAAGGUGGAGAAGGAAGAUGAUUCAAUCCAAGUGCUAAUCCUAGAUUUGAUCUCAAAGCUCCGAAUCACAAAACUCGUCAUGGGAAUCACCUUCAUGAGAUCUUCAUCAUCUUGGAAAUCUAAGAGUGCGAUAAGCGGAUCGUUCCAUAUAUACCAAAACAAACCAGAUUUUUGCGAGUUUUAUAUAAUCUGUGGAGGCAAAAUGGUUUUGCUAAAGAGAGAGAACGAUGUGAACAACAACAAUAUUAUUAGCUGGAUUGGUAAAAUGUUCCAUGAUCCUGGAAGAAACCUAGACCGUUCAUCUAACAGCAAUGAUGAUCCAACGGCUAGUGGAAGUCCAUGGGAUAAGAACUUGCAAGAGAUGGAGAUUUAUUUCCAGCAAUUAUUGAGUUUGAAUCUUGAAGAAGACGAUGAAGACAAUGUCCAAGAAGAAGAAGAGGAUGAAAAUGGUGAUGAUGGUGAAGACGUGCUGCAACAUAUGAAUGUAGAGGAGAAGUUAGAGUAUGUGAGAAGAAAGGUGAAUGAAGCUAAAUUGAUGAUAGAUGAGAACAUGAGACAAGUCAAAGUCAACUCUGAGAGAUCAGACAAAGCUGAAUGGGCUCUCUCUUUAUGCAACUGCAGAAUUGAAGAGCUCGAAGAUAGGAUCAAAGAGGAAACCGAGAGGCGAGAGAAGCUCCAAGAGACGCUAGACUCAGACAGAGAAUGCAUCGAACAAGCAAAGAACGACGUCGAAAAAGGAAAAGCAAAGCUAGGUUCUCUAGGUGAGCUACGAGAAGAGCUCGCAAGCAAGGUUAAGACAAUGUCAGACGCUAAACUGCAAGCAGAAGCUGAGCUGGAGAGGGUUGCGUUAGAGAAACGAGAGAUGGUGAUGGAGAUCGAGAAACUUAGGAACCAGAGAGAUGUUUUCAACCGCAGGAUCGAGUUCUGCAAAGAGAAAGGAGUCUUGGAGCAAGAGGAAGAAGAAGAAGCAAAGUGUGGGUAUAGAGAGUACGUUGCAGAGGAUAUAAGACUGGCCACAGAGGGUUACUCUGAUCGGUUGAGGUUGAAAUCUGGAGGUAACUGGACGAACUUGUACCGAGGGAGGAUCAAACACACGACUAUGGCCGUGAAAGUGAUCGGCGACCGUUUAUCGGAUGAGGAUUUCGCAGCAAAGGUGAGGCUUCUUAACGAGGUUAGGCAUCCUAACUUGGUGGCAAUAGCUGGAUACUGCUCGGAGAAGCCAAAGUGCAUACUCUUCGAGUAUAUGCACAGUGGGAACUUGAGGGAUAACCUAUUCACAUCGCAGAGGAAGACAAGAAGAAGCAAGAUACUCAAAUGGCACGAUAGGAUACGUAUAGCACACCAAGUCUGCUCCGGACUCGGGUUUCUACAUUCGGUUAAGCCUAAACCGAUCGUCCACGGUCGCCUCACGCCUUCCAAGAUCCUCUUGGACCGUAACCUUGUAGCUAAGAUAACGGGGUUUGGACUCGCGAUGCAUCAGACCGAUACAAAGCCUGAUGUGAUGGCUUUUGGUGUGUUGGUUCUUCAUCUUUUGACGGGGAGGAACUGGCCUGGUUUGCUCAAGGCGAUGUCGAUGAACCAGGCGAGUAUUCUCAGGGAUUUGGACCAGACGGCUGGUAAGUGGCCGUUGGAGUUAGCUAAGGAGUUCGGUGCACUCGCGGUGAGAUGCGCUUCGGUUAACAGAGGAGGGAACGUUGAUUAUUCGACGAAAGAGAUCAUGGAGGAGCUUGGUAAGAUAGUGGAGAAGGCAGAUGAGUUUAGAACCAAAGGAGGAUACGAGGAAGCAGCAACGAGUUCGAAUACCGAUGAAGCGGAUCGGAAUGAGAUACCGAGUGUUUUCAUAUGUCCUAUACUUCAGGAAGUGAUGAAGAAUCCACAUGUAGCAGCGGAUGGGUUCUCAUAUGAGCUGGAGGCAAUAGAGGAAUGGCUAAGCAUGGGACAUGACACCUCUCCUAUGACUAAUCUGAGACUGGAUUAUCAAGUUCUAACACCUAACCAUACUCUUCGUGCUCUCAUUCAAGAUUGGCAUAGCAAACGAGCAGCACAAGCUUCCUCCUAAGUUUCUACUUUUGUACUCAAAGAAAGUUUCUAACUUUGUGUUUUGAUUCAACAAAGAUUUAAUUUUUAACAAUUAUCAAACGCAACAAGAGAGAGUCCAAAGUGAAGAAGAGAUCCAUUGCAAGUUGUAACAG